AUGGGCAAGAGUCCGAGACCAACCAAACCAAAAUCUCCUGAUGGAAACCAAGCCGCUCCGACUCGCUCUCGGACCGCCAACGCACCCGACCUGGAUCAGCAAAGGCUGUCUCAACACAGACCCAAUCUUAACUCCGGAUCGAAUGCCUACCCGAAUGUCAGUCUCGGACGGUCCUUGCCCAUCCCGUAUGCGCUGGACCCCAGGUCCUUGCCCAUCCCGUAUGCCCUGGACCCCACGUAUGAAGUCCAGGGGAUGGACAUGUUUGUGCGAUACGACUUGUGGAACCAGUGGGCCGGCUGUCACCGAUGGCCACGAAAAAGCAGCACGGAGUCCGGCGAAGUACCGGUCGACGUCCUGACACCCACGGAGCAGCAGCUGCGGCUGAAACCAGACGACUUCUUGCCACAGGUGCCAUCGACCGCUACCCCCCGGACCGCCUGGGCCGUGGAGACAAUCGUGGCCAUUUCGAAUGCGCCUUCACUCGAAGGCGACGCGUUCCCAGCGGCUAACGACAUCGCCGACGGAGCCGAGAUGGCCGCACGAGUCGGGAUUGCUACGGUCGAGACCGUCGAGGAGGAGGAGGAGGAGAAACCCACCAUUGCACCUGCGGAGACUCCAACCGGCCGACCACGCAAAUCUUCCGGCGAAAUCUCCGAAGACGACCGGGAAAGCGGCGAGGUAGAGGACUCCGCAGAGGGAGACUACCACUGGGAAUGGGAAGACCCUCACCGACGUAAACCUUACCGACCUAACCGGCUCCCCGAAGAUCGCAACCGAGGUGAGUCCUGGGACGGCCAUCGAGACGAUAGCCGAGAUGACCGUCGGGAUGGCUAUCGACGGGAUCACUAUCGGGAGGAUCGCAGAGAUGACUAUCGGGAGGACCGUCGGGGUGAUCAUCGGGAGGACCGACGAGAUGACUAUCGCGAGAACCGCCGACAUGACCGCCGGGAUGACCGCGAGAGAGAGCUUAAGCGGGAAGACCUGAAGUGGAAAGGAGAAAAGCGGGAGAAGUCUGAGCGGCGCGGAGGCCGUCUUUCAUCGGGAGGGAUGGGCAUAAGUUACGGUGCAGACGGGCGGUAUCUGCGGACAAGUGUGGCUUCGUGGCACAGCCCGGACGCGGUACCACCGGCGGCUGCGAUGGCCUUGCGGCCUCGGACGGAGGCAAAGAAGCAGCGCAAACAACAAGUUACGCGACGGAACAAAGCGCUGCGAGAGACGGCCAAGAUGGCGCACAUGCUGGGACAUGUAACAUCGGAAGGAUGGCCCGAAGGCACGCUGCCCUUCCGGUCACCCAGCAGCAGCUCCGUAUCCCUGGAACAACUAAUCGCACUACCACCCACCCUCUACCCCCCUGGCAUGGAGCCACCCCCUGCGGCUCCAUCCGCUCCGCCGCCCCCUCUGCCUGGACAGCCUCCACCACCGAGACCACCCCCAGGAACGCCACCCGGACAUCCGCCAGGGCCGCCACCCGGACGACCACCAGGACCACCGGGGGGUCCACAACCAUCGCCCAAACCGAGGCCGACCACCCGUAGUGCAUAUCACUCUCAGACGCGAGAGUACGCCACACCACACCUUUACGACCACAUCAAUCGCACGGAACCACUCCACCGAACGCCUCUGGGAAGUCAGUUACCGCAGACGAUGUUACCGCAGACGAUGUUACGGCAGACAGUGUUACCGCACCUACCUGCCCAGCACCGUUCCGAGCCACGUGUACAGCCGCACUUGGAGCAGCCCGCGGUCCUGAUGGUGCCCAGGCAGACCUCGGACGGCUUCGCAAACGACUGGUCUUCUUUUCAGAGAAGUGAAAGUGUGUGGCCGACAGCCCUCGACCAAACGCGGCGGCAGCUCCCGGCUGAUCCCGACUGGGACGCAUUUGCCGCAGAAGCUUCGCUGUUCUGGCCAAGCUUCAACCUACCUUCCGACCCCACGGCUAGCCAGACCACUCAACUUAGCCAGACCACUCAACCUACCCCGACCACUCAACCUACCCAGACCACUCAACCUACCCAGACCAACUUGCUCGACUACACCGAGCUGCCCAGCCGGAUGAUCGUGCCGGCGAAUGUGUGGCCCACUGCAGAGGAGGCGGCCGUGAUGAUGGCACAGAUGGCGGCACGUAGAGCGCGGGAGGCUCAGCGCGAAGUUCAGCGGCAGCCGUCGCCGCGGACUCGCGCGGUCACGCCACCCGAGCGGACCGUCCCGGUUCUGGCCGUCCCGAUCCCAGCUGCUCCGCGUCCGCCGACGGAAUCGGAAGAGACGCCGCGGCUCUCUGCGGAGGAGCUGGCGGCCGCGCGCAUUCCGCGACGGAAACGACCAGUCGAGGAGGGCGGUGUCGCAGCCCCUUCCAAAC